AUUCUAAUUCUAUGGUCCAGAGCCACCGAAAAUGUCCGUCUGUGUUGCGGCUCGAUCGGGACGGGGGAUUUCGCCAGGAAAUAAUACACAUUUAACCCCUGAAGAAGACAGACACAAGCCACAUAUUCUGACAACCUAGAGUACUAUCCUCCAGGAAGGAGUGUCGAGUUGGUGUGUUGGAGCGACACCAACAAAAAAACGGGAGUUUACAGUAACAGUUCUUCCGCUGUGAUGUCGGGUCCUGGGUCUCGGAGGACCGGGUCCAGCAUCAAAAUCCGCCUGACAGUCUUAUGUGCCAAGAACCUUGCAAAGAAAGACUUCUUCCGGUUGCCGGACCCAUUUGCAAAGGUAGUGGUGGAUGGAUCAGGACAGUGUCAUUCUACAGACACAGUGAAGAGCACUCUGGACCCCAAAUGGAACCAACACUAUGACCUGUACAUAGGGAAGACAGACUCCAUCACCAUCAGUGUGUGGAACCAUAAGAAGAUCCACAAGCGGCAGGGCGCCGGGUUCCUGGGCUGCAUACGACUGCUGGCUAACUCCAUCAGCAGACUGAAAGACACGGGCUACCAGCGGUUGGAUCUGUGUAAGCUGAAUCCAUCAGACAGUGAUGCAGUACGGGGACAGAUCGUAGUGAGCCUCCAGACCAGAGAUGGUUUGGGCAGCGGAGGACCCGUGGUCGACUGUAGAGGACUGUUAGAGAAUGAGGGGCCUGUGUUUGAGAGCUGUUUCAGUGAGGAGCCGCUGCCGUACUCAGACCCCACGGGCGCCGCUGGGGGCGGGACCUGUCCACCGGAUUCACCCAACCAGGAGAACCGGCUCCAGGCUCAGCGAAUCAGAGGCCAGGAUUCCCAAAGACACACCCACACCCCUCAGAACCGACCGCAUGGCAACCAAUCACCUGAUCUACCUGAGGGAUACGAGCAGCGCACCACGGUGCAGGGACAGGUGUAUUUUCUUCACACACAGACGGGAGUCAGCACCUGGCAUGACCCACGCAUACCCAGGGACCUGGCCAGUGUGAGCUGUGAGGAGUUGGGUCCGCUGCCAGCCGGCUGGGAGGUGAGGAGCACGGUGUCGGGACGGAUCUACUUUGUGGAUCACAACAACCGAACAACACAGUUCACUGACCCCCGGCUACACACCAUCAUCAGCCAACACUCCCAGGUGAAGGAUUCGUCUCAGCCGCUGGGUGGGGGAGGCGGGAGAGAGAUGGAGGUGGGGGGGGAGGAGGGAGGAGAAGGGGAGGUGACACUGCGUUAUGAGAGAGACCUGGUCCACAAACUGAAGCUGCUCCGACACGAGCUGUCACUACAGCAACCACAGGCCGGACACUGUCGCAUAGAGGUCUCACGAGACGAGAUCUUUGAGGAGUCUUAUCGUCAGAUCAUGAAGAUGAGACCCAAGGAUCUGAAGAAACGACUGAUGGUGAAGUUUAGAGGAGAGGAAGGACUGGACUACGGAGGAGUGGCAAGGGAGUGGCUGUACCUGCUGUGCCAUGAGAUGUUGAACCCGUACUACGGCCUGUUCCAGUACUCAACAGACAACAUCUACACACUACAGAUCAACCCUGAUUCCUCUAUAAACCCUGACCACCUGUCGUAUUUCCACUUUGUGGGUCGUGUGAUGGGCCUGGCAGUGUUCCAUAGUCACUAUAUCAACGGAGGCUUCACCCUGCCCUUCUACAAGCAGCUGCUGGGGAAACCUAUUAUGCUACAAGACCUGGAGACCACUGAUCCUGAACUACACAAGAGUCUGGUCUGGAUACUGGAGAAUGACAUCUCGUCGGUUCUAGAUCAUACGUUCUGCGUGGAACACAGUGCCUUCGGGAAGUUCCUUCAACAUGAGCUGAAACCCAACGGUCAGAACCUCCCGGUAACCGAGGACAACAAGAAGGAGUACGUGAAGCUUUAUGUCACCUGGAGGUUUAUGAGGGGGAUCGAGGCUCAGUUCUUAGCUCUGCAGAAAGGAUUCAGCCAACUGAUUCCUCAACACCUCCUCAAACCAUUUGACCACAAGGAGCUGGAGUUGAUAAUCGGAGGCCUGGGGAAGAUAGACCUAGCAGAUUGGAAGUCUAACACCCGUUUGAAGCACUGUGCUGUAGACAGUAAUGUGGUUUGCUGGUUCUGGGAGGCUGUAGAGAGCUUCACUGAGGAGAGGAGAGGACGACUACUGCAGUUUGUUACCGGUUCUACCAGAGUUCCACUACAGGGAUUCAAGGCACUACAGGGUUCUACAGGUUCAGCAGGCCCAAGGCUGUUCACCAUCCAUCUGAUAGAGGCCAACACAGACAACCUACCCAAGGCACACACAUGUUUUAACAGAAUAGAUAUCCCUCCCUACGAAUCGUACGAGAAACUUUAUGAGAAACUGCUGACGGCCGUGGAGGAAACUUGUGGCUUCGCUGUGGAGUGAAACACACACACGUCACCCUGCAAUAACCCCCCGCCCCUACAGAACUACUAUUGACCAAUCACAGGACAAUACCACCUAGCCCCUCCCAUCCCGACCAGACUGAUCUCCAGGGGAACUGUCAUCAUGGGUCACGGCCAGGUUUGUUACCAUGGUUGCAUGAUCCGGGGAUAUCAUCGGUUCCUGUAUUUUAGAGGUUUUUCAGAUUUUGAAGAAACAUUUUUAUCCUUCAGUUUUAUCGAGCUAUGAUGUCACUCUUCAGAACAACCAAUGACUUUGAUUCUGUCUCCAAUCACACGCAGUCUCUGUACAGAAUAAGCCAAUCAGAGACGAUCUGAGCUGAAAUCCUCCAAUCAGAAAGCAGAUUGAUUAAUGUUCAUGCUUCAUGUUUAACCACUGUUGUGUGCGUGUGUGUGUGUGUGUGUGUGUGUGUGUGUGUGUGUGUGUGUGUGUGUGUGUGUGUGUGUGUGUGUGUGUGUGUGUGUGUGUGUGUGUGUGUGUGUGUGGUGUGUGUGGUGCAUAGCACCUGGUCCUCUGUAUAAUGGUAUUAAGCCUGUAUGUCUCUCUGAUUAUUAUUUUAUUUAUUUACUGUGAUGAUGAUGAUACUGACCUGCUGCUACUCUACAGAGACGGAACCCCUAACCCCUCCUCUCAUCCCUCCUUCUUUUGUCUUCCUCUCUCCUCAUCCCCCUCUCAUCUCUCCACUUCUCCUCUCUCGCCUCUCAUCUUUCCUUCUCUCCUCACAUCCCUCAUUCUGUCCUCUCAUCCCUCCUUCUCUCCUCCUCUCAUCCCUCCUUCUCUCCUCCCUCUCUCCCUCUCCUCCACUCACAGCCAUUAACCCUCUCUCCUCUCAUCCCUCCUCCACUCCUCUUCAGACCCCUUAUUAACCCUAGGUUAACUCUCUCUCCUUCUCUCCUCUCAUCCUCCCUCAUCCUUGUUAGGGUUCAUCUGGGUCCACAAUAAUCUAACCUGCCUCACUCCCCAGCCUGUCUCAUCCCCACACCUGUCUGAAAUAUGCAAUAAACCCCCAAACUUCACCGCUCUCUCCAUCUCUGUGUCCCUCCAUCCCUCUCUCUCCAUCUCUGUGUCCCUCCCUACCUCCAUCCCUCUCUUUCCAUCUCUGUGUCUCUCCCUACCUCCAUCCCUCUCUCUCCAUCUCUGUGUCCCUCCCUACCUCCAUCCCUCUCUCUCUCCAUCUCUGUGUCCCUCCCUACCUCCAUCCCUCUCUCUCCAUCUCUGUGUCCCUCCCUACCUCCAUCCCUCUCUCUCCAUCUGUGUCUCUCCCUACCUCCAUCCCUCUCUCUCUCCACCUGUCCCUCCCUACCUCCAUCCCCCUCUCUCUCCACCUGUGUACCUCCCUACCUCCAUCUCUCUCUCCCUCCAAACUUCACAUCUCUACAUCUGUGUGUGUGUCCCCCCCCCCCCCCCCCUGAACAGACAGACAUAAGGUUGGGGAUUGGUUACUAUGGUUACUUUUCUGUUUAUUUUUCUCCCUGAAUGAGUGAAUCCCAACCGUCGUUUAACCUCCAUAGAAACAAAUGAAAUCAAACUAAAUGUUGAAGGUCAAAUAUGAUGAAGACUGGACGUUGGUGGAACAUAACAGAUGACUGCACUCGCAUGAUGAGUGACCUCUGACCUGAUGCCUUGAGGCUUUAGCUCAGUGGGCUACAGGACUGCGGCUCCCAGUACUGCAGUUUGAGUGAUCUCUGACCUGAUGCCUUUAGCUCAGUGGGCUAAAGGACCACGGCUCCCAGUACUGCAGUAUGAGUGACCUCUGACCUGAUGCCUUGAGGCUUUAGCUCAGUGGGCUACAGGACUGCGGCUCCCAGUACUGCAGUUUGAGUGAUCUCUGACCUGAUGCCUUUAGCUCAGUGGGCUACAGGACCACGGCUCCCAGUACUGCAGUAUGAGUGAUCUCUGACCUGAUGCCUGUAGCUCAGUGGGCUACAGGACCACGGCUCCCAGUACUGCAGUAUGAGUGAUCUCUGACCUGAUGCCUUUAGCUCAGUGGGCUACAGGACCACGGCUCCCAGUACUGCAGUAUGAGUGUGUUGGUAACAGUGGAGAGGUUGUUCGUUGUGUAAAGAUGGAAGCAGAGUAUUGUAACUUCCUGGCUACUAAACAUUAAUGACAAAAUACUGUGUAAAUAAGAUUCUAUUAAAGAAACUAAAUUGAAAAUAAA